GUGAAAUACGAGAAAAAGUUACCGUAGAAAAGCCCAGAUCCACAAUGAGUUGCAAGUUACGAACCAUCACACCGUGGGCAUGGCGUCAUCACUUCCUCGCUUUCUCGAUCAACACGAUGAUUGUUGGCUUGUUCAGCACGACCGCAACGGGUGGACCUGGGUUUGCACGGUGGCGUUCAAAGUCGAGAAUGAUAAAGACGAUGACGAAUCGUCGAAAAAGCUUCUCGCCCGCUCCGAUGAAUACUCUUUUUAGGAUAUGGCCAGUCAGCUCCUACGGGGGGUUUCCUCUUGGCCGCUAGCCUAGUUGACAAGGAUGUCUGUCGAUUGCUGUCGAGGAUGGUUUAAUGAUUGCAGCUCAUGGUAUUGACCGCAGGCACAACAGGCCACAGAUCCAAGGUUGUUCAAAAAUCAAGAAUGGAGUCACCAUCGCUUCUGCUUUGCCUUAAUGUCGGCUCGA